UCUUCCUAAGGAAAGCUGUCCUCGGUGAUUUAUGGGUGUUCCCAGGGAAGAUUCCCCAAGUGAUUCGAGGUUCCCCAUUCACUACCCCCAUCCACACUUCUUGAAUGGGGUGCAAAGGGGUCUCUAUAAUGAUUCAAAGUGAUUAUUGGCAUACUCUCACUAUAGAAAAGCAAAUUAAAUCUGUGAAGGGCAUCCUCCUUCCUUAAUGGUAUCUAUCAGGCAGUGUUAUUGUGAAGAUAAAAUGAAUUGGUGUGUAUGAAAGUUUCAAGAGCCAUAGAAAUGUUAGUUUCAUUGUUAUUCUGUCGUUUCUCGUUUAAGUCCUUUGUAGACUGUCCACUUGGCCUAAGACAAGUCACCUGACCUGCCUUUUCUUCUCCAGCCUCAUUUUAGAGCAUUCUAUCUCUUCGUUGUGGUUUAGACCCACUAGUCUUUCUAGAUACACAGAUGGGUUUUUCUCCCUCACUGGACUUCUGCAAGCAUCAUGAUUUUGUAUAAUGUGUCGUUUCCCUCUCUCUGCCUAAGUUCUACAUCAUUAUCUUCUUUUAAAAGAGACCUUCCCUGAAACUAAUACAAUUAAAAUUCCCCAUUGUGUGGGCUCAGAGAGUCCUGUUCUUUUCCUUCUUGUUACUCAUCACAAUUUAAAGAUAUAUGUGAAUUGGUGACCACUUCUUUAAUAUAUUCUUUCUCUAGAAAUCAGCAUUAAGGCCAGUGAGCAUGCCUGUUCUAUUCCCCCUUAAAAUGAAAGUUGGAUUGUGUUACCUGAUUCUCACAAUACAUCCUGCUUCACUCUUGAUCUUAGAGAAACUGAUUCAGCAAUACAAAAAGAACAUAGAAACCAGACCUCUACCCCAUCUGCAUCUCAAACUUCUGCUCCUUCAAAAUACCAUCGAACUCGAUCUGGGGGAGCCAGGGAUGAACGAUAUCGCUCAGAUAUUCACACAGAAGCAGUUCAGGCUGCACUGGCAAAACAUAAAGAACAGAAAAUGGCUUUGCCCAUGCCCACCAAAAGACGUUCCACAUUUGUCCAGUCUCCUGCGGAUGCCUGUACACCUCCUGACACGUCUUCGGCCUCUGAGGAUGAAGGCUCUCUGAGACGCCAAGCUGCGCUCUCUGCUGCCUUGCAACAGAGCUUACAGAACGCUGAGUCCUGGAUCAACCGUUCAAUUCAGGGAUCGUCCACUUCUUCAUCUGCAUCUUCCACGCUGUCCCACGGAGAGGUCAAAGGAACCAGUGGGUCUCUAGCUGAUUUAUUUGCCAAUACUCGAAUAGAGAAUUUCUCUGCUCCCCCCGAUGUCACUACAACUACCUCUUCCUCAUCGUCAUCUUCCUCAAUACGCCCAGCAAAUAUUGACCUGCCCCCCUCGGGGAUAGUUAAAGGCAUGCACAAAGGAUCCAACAGGUCCAGCCUUAUGGAUACAGCUGAUGGUGUCCCUGUCAAUAGUAGAGUAUCCACAAAAAUUCAGCAGCUUCUGAAUACUCUGAAGCGACCCAAAAGGCCUCCCUUAAAGGAAUUUUUUGUGGAUGACUCUGAAGAAAUUGUGGAAGUACCUCAGCCAGACCCCAACCAGCCCAAGCCUGAGGGCCGGCAGAUGACCCCUGUGAAGGGUGAGCCGUUAGGAGUCAUCUGUAACUGGCCUCCUGCUCUUGAAUCUGCCCUGCAACGCUGGGGUACCACUCAAGCAAAAUGCCCCUGCCUGACUGCGCUGGAUAUGACAGGGAAACCAGUUUAUACUCUCACGUAUGGAAAGUUAUGGAGCAGAAGUUUAAAGUUGGCCUACACCCUGCUCAAUAAGCUGGGGACCAAAAACGAACCUGUGUUAAAACCAGGAGACAGGGUAGCCCUGGUUUACCCCAACAACGAUCCAGUCAUGUUUAUGGUGGCUUUUUAUGGGUGUCUUCUGGCAGAAGUGAUUCCAGUGCCUAUAGAGGUACCUCUUACCAGAAAGGAUGCUGGAGGUCAGCAGAUUGGCUUCUUGCUAGGAAGCUGUGGUGUUGCCUUAGCUCUUACCAGUGAAGUUUGUCUGAAGGGGCUGCCAAAAACCCAGAAUGGAGAAAUUGUACAGUUUAAAGGUUGGCCCCGGCUCAAAUGGGUUGUAACAGAUUCCAAGUACCUUUCGAAGCCACCUAAAGACUGGCAGCCUCACAUCUUGCCUGCUGGUACAGAACCAGCAUAUAUUGAGUAUAAAACAAGCAAAGAAGGGAGUGUAAUGGGAGUUACAGUGUCCCGGCUUGCAAUGUUGUCUCACUGCCAAGCUCUGUCCCAGGCCUGCAAUUAUUCUGAAGGAGAAACAGUAGUAAAUGUUUUAGACUUUAAGAAGGAUGCAGGGCUGUGGCACGGCAUGUUUGCGAAUGUAAUGAAUAAGAUGCAUACAAUUAGUGUACCCUACUCUGUUAUGAAGACCUGCCCUCUCUCUUGGGUCCAGCGAGCUCAUGCCCACAAAGCCAAAGUAGCUUUAGUAAAAUGCCGAGACUUGCACUGGGCUAUGAUGGCACAUCGGGACCAGAGAGAUGUGAGCCUGAGUUCGCUCCGAAUGUUAAUUGUGACUGAUGGAGCCAAUCCCUGGUCUGUUUCAUCCUGUGAUGCCUUCCUGAGUUUGUUCCAGAGCCAUGGACUGAAACCUGAGGCCAUCUGUCCCUGUGCUACGUCUGCUGAAGCCAUGACUGUAGCAAUCCGCAGACCUGGAGUUCCAGGGGCUCCUUUGCCAGGAAGAGCUAUUCUCUCAAUGAAUGGAUUGAGCUAUGGAGUAAUACGGGUCAAUACUGAAGAUAAAAAUUCAGCACUUACAGUCCAAGAUGUAGGACAUGUGAUGCCUGGUGGGAUGAUGUGCAUUGUGAAACCAGAUGGACCUCCCCAGCUCUGCAAAACAGAUGAGAUUGGAGAAAUCUGUGUUAGCUCCAGAACAGGAGGCAUGAUGUACUUUGGGCUUACUGGUGUGACAAAAAAUACUUUUGAGGUGAUUCCAGUGAAUUCUGCAGGCUCUCCUGUUGGGGAUGUGCCAUUCAUCCGGUCAGGAUUACUGGGGUUUGUAGGGCCAGGUAGUUUGGUGUUCGUGGUUGGGAAAAUGGAUGGAUUACUGAUGGUUAGUGGUCGAAGACAUAAUGCUGAUGACAUUGUUGCCACCGGAUUGGCUGUUGAAUCAAUAAAGACAGUUUAUAGAGGAAGAAUUGCUGUAUUUUCUGUGUCUGUAUUUUAUGAUGAGCGCAUUGUGGUGGUUGCGGAACAAAGACCUGAUGCGUCUGAGGAAGAUAGUUUUCAGUGGAUGAGCCGAGUGCUGCAGGCUAUCGAUAGCAUUCAUCAAGUGGGAGUUUAUUGUCUUGCUCUGGUGCCUGCCAAUACAUUGCCAAAAACUCCACUAGGAGGGAUCCAUAUAUCUCAGACAAAACAGCUCUUUCUGGAGGGGUCUCUGCAUCCUUGCAAUAUCCUCAUGUGCCCACAUACAUGUGUGACCAAUUUACCAAAACCCCGGCAAAAGCAACCAGGUGUAGGCCCUGCUUCUGUGAUGGUUGGGAAUCUGGUUGCUGGAAAACGCAUAGCACAAGCUGCAGGAAGGGAUCUUGGGCAAAUUGAAGAGAAUGAUUUAGUGAGGAAGCACCAGUUUCUGGCAGAGAUUUUACAGUGGCGAGCCCAGGCAACUCCUGACCAUGUACUCUUCAUGCUGUUAAAUGCCAAGGGAACUACUGUGUGCACAGCCAGCUGCCUUCAACUUCAUAAACGAGCAGAGAGGAUUGCAUCAGUUCUUGGUGAUAAAGGACAUCUAAAUGCAGGAGACAAUGUGGUAUUGCUGUAUCCACCUGGCAUUGACUUAAUUGCUGCCUUCUAUGGCUGCCUGUAUGCAGGGUGCAUUCCUGUGACAGUCCGGCCUCCUCACGCUCAGAACCUUACAGCUACCUUGCCCACUGUCCGCAUGAUUGUUGAUGUCAGCAAAGCAGCCUGUAUCCUCACCACUCAGACCCUCAUGAGGUUACUGAGGUCCCGAGAGGCAGCAGCAGCUGUGGAUGUGAAAACCUGGCCAACCAUCAUUGACACAGAUGAUUUACCCAGGAAAAGAUUACCUCAGCUGUAUAAACCACCCACUCCUGAGAUGUUGGCAUAUCUUGAUUUUAGUGUCUCCACAACUGGCAUGCUUACCGGAGUGAAGAUGUCACACUCUGCAGUUAAUGCUCUUUGUAGAGCCAUUAAGCUCCAGUGUGAGUUGUACUCUUCUCGGCAGAUUGCCAUCUGUCUUGAUCCUUACUGUGGACUUGGAUUUGCACUCUGGUGUCUCUGCAGUGUCUAUUCAGGUCACCAGUCCAUCUUAAUUCCUCCUAUGGAGUUAGAAAACAACCUUUUCCUCUGGCUCUCCAUAGUCAACCAGUAUAAAAUUAGGGAUACUUUCUGCUCCUAUUCAGUAAUGGAGCUCUGCACUAAAGGACUUGGAAACCAGGUGGAGGUGCUGAAGACAAGAGGAAUCAAUCUCUCCUGCAUCCGGACCUGUGUGGUGGUGGCAGAGGAGCGGCCCCGCAUUGCCCUCCAGCAGUCCUUCUCCAAACUCUUUAAAGACAUCGGUCUGUCCCCUCGGGCUGUCAGCACCACUUUUGGAUCAAGAGUCAAUGUAGCAAUAUGUUUACAGGGUACGUCAGGGCCUGAUCCAACUACUGUGUAUGUAGAUCUGAAGUCAUUAAGACAUGACAGGGUUCGUCUUGUGGAACGGGGUGCUCCCCAGAGUUUGCUCCUUUCAGAGUCUGGAAAGAUCUUACCUGGAGUGAAAGUGGUUAUUGUUAAUCCUGAGACCAAAGGGCCUGUUGGAGACUCUCACCUUGGAGAGAUUUGGGUGAAUAGUCCCCACACAGCCAGUGGCUACUACACCAUCUAUGAUAGUGAGACCCUUCAAGCUGAUCAUUUCAAUACUCGCCUCAGCUUUGGGGAUGCUGCACAGACACUCUGGGCUCGGACGGGAUACCUCGGGUUUGUCCGCCGGACUGAGCUCACAGCAGCCACUGGAGAGCGUCAUGAUGCAUUAUAUGUAGUGGGAGCUCUGGAUGAAACGUUGGAGCUGAGAGGAUUACGAUAUCACCCAAUCGACAUUGAGACCUCAGUGUCUCGGAUCCACCGGAGCAUUGCUGAAUGUGCUGUGUUCACGUGGACCAACUUGCUUGUGGGUGGUUGUGGGAAUUGUGAUGGCUCUGAACAGAAGCCCUGGAUCUGGGUUCCUUUGGUGACAAAUGUGGUCCUAGAAGAACAUUACCUCAUUGUUGGCGUUGUGGUUGUGGUGGACCCAGGUGUUAUCCCAAUCAACUCCAGGGGAGAGAAGCAGAGGAUGCACCUCCGUGACAGCUUCUUAGCUGACCAAUUAGACCCAAUCUAUGUGGCUUAUAAUAUGUAGCCAUCCUUCUGCGGAUGGCAGGGUCCAGAUCUGAAGAACCACAAGGACUGAAGACCCAUGACUAGGAGCAAGUUUUUAAAUGAUGUGAAUUACGCUGAGAUGGCUACAUUAUAUCCUUCAUCUCAUCCUGUGGGAUUCUGCAAUCACAUGACACAAAGGAAAGGGAAAUUCCAUGGUGGCAAAUGAAAAAAAUGUUAACAGUUUAUUAGAUAUGAGCUUUAACAUGGUGUGAGCAGCACAUUACUAAAGCAAUUACAUGCAUGUUGCAUUUUUUCAUCUGUUGUACAUACUUGUAUUUUUAUCUAAUGCUGUUUUAGAAUUUUGUAAGGGAGUUUAUUGAAUUCACAUGAAGGGGGUAGUCUGAGUUAUGCAGUUCCCCACUCUCUGUACUGUAUUUUGCCAUUUUACUGUAGCUAAACAUAAUGCAGGUCUUGUUAACAUGGAACUUAAACUCACCUUACUUUCAGUCGACCCAUGUGCAAAUCUGAUAACCCACUGAAUCUGAUAAUUACUUCUUUAUAUAUACUUCUUGACUGUAAAGUGUUUUGACCAGUGUUUUAAACAUGUAAAUAAGAAUACACAUAAUUCAGCUAAAGAACUGAAGAAUUGGCUUACAACAAAAGUAGAAACAUUUCUACUUUGGGAGAAUUUCAAGGUUCUCUUGAUGUAGUACAAUUGAUUAGGUGACUAAAAAGUGCAAAUUAUUUGCAGGUUUUGCUGUACAUUGUACUAUGUCUUUGUUGGUUGGUAUAUUUAUAAACUAAAGCUGCCUAUAUUGUUUUAAAAGCUUGCAUCCCCAGAAUCAGCUUAAGCUUUAAGAAUUAAACCUGUUCCUACAAGCUGAAAAUCUCAGUUUAAAAAUCAAAAUGUUGAGAAAACGCUAAGAUUUAUUAGAUCCCACCUUAUCGUAAGAAACCACAACUCACUGUGGCCGCAGUUUUGAAACUGUCUUUCAAAUUUAGAGUGACUUCAUAAGAAUUUAGAAUUUCCCCUUUUUCCAGGCCCACUGUAAACUCUGUCUACAGUUUCUGUGUAUAGCUUUGCUUUUCUAGAAACUCAAGAGUGUCCUCUCUUCUUCCAGUUCAUGAAGACAGGGAUUUAAAAAAAAAGAAAAAGAAAAGAAAGCUAGGCUAGGAAGGCAGUGGUUUCAACAGUCAUGUAAAACUGUAAGGCCACAUAACUACAAAAUUCAAAACUGACUAAUUUUAGUUGCCCAGAAUAGCCAGGCUUAUGCUGAAAUAGGGGAAGUCUGAUGUAUGCAAGAAACUCUUGAAAUGAUUGUGGUGCCCCAGCCAAGCGGACUGAGCAUGGGACUAAGUUUGGUCUCCAGCUCAGUUUCCUUUCUUUGAUCUGAUACUUCAUAUAUUUGAAUAUAGUUGAAUUUUAUUAUUUUUUUCUUACAGAAAUAUUUUUAAAAAUUAAAAAAAAAAAAAACAAAACUCAAAGUGAGCAGAGAUAACUUGUUAAAUCAGAAUGGUUCUCUUUGACCCAGUCUGGUCUAUUGUGUAAAUAUUUAUUUAGACUAUUUUAAUAAUACAUAUUAUUUACCCCACUGUAACAUCAUGUAAACAAAAUAUGUUUUUAAACAAUUUUUAAGACUUGUAAUUACCCUGAAGGUAAGGUUUAUAAUGCAAAGAUCAGACCCUUUGCCAUGGCAGCACUGUUGGGGGCUGCCCUAAUAGUCUCAUGUCUCAGAGCCACUUUAUGAUUCCCUUUUUCAUAAUUAUCUUUUUCUCCCAACUCAUUCUCCACAGAGGGCAGACCUUAAGACAUUUUCCAGUUCCAGAUAUCUUUUUAAACAUUUUGGAUGAAAUUAAUUUACAUGUAAUUGGAAAGGUUCUAGGAUAUACAGGAAAAAAGCACUUACUUUGGGGCAAGCUAGAAAUCACAGAGACAAGCAGUGAUUGGGUUUGCAGAGAAGACAGCCUGCUUGUUUGGAAAGUGAUUCUCUUAAAACCAUUUUUAAUGAUUUACUAGACAGCGUAGGGGAUCCUGCGGAUCAGUGAAAUUGUUUUAUUUCCAUAAUCCCCAAGUUCUAAAAAAAAAUAUCAGGGUCUUUCCUAAACUAAUUAUAUGGGUUGUUUUGAUAAUUCUUGCUAACACAAACAUCUACAGCUUCAUUGUCCACUAAAACUAUAAUGAAAGCCACAUCUGUAAUUUUAAAUUUUCUAGUAACCACAUUUUUAAAAGUAUAAAGAAACAGAUGACAUUGAUUUUAAUAUAUUUUAUUUAACCCUAUAUAUCAAAAAUACUAUCAUUUCAACAUGGAAUAAAUAUUAAAAAUAUUAAUGAAAAUUAUUAAUUUUACAAUCUUUUUUUCAUAAAUCUUCAAAAUCCAGUAUAUAUUUUACAUUUAAAGCAAAUGUCAGUUUGAAUUAGCCACAUUUCAAGUCUUCAGUAGCCACAUGUGCCGAGUGAUUACUUUAUUGGGCAGCACACAGAUUUAUUCUCAUUCCAUUAAUCACAGAGUGUGGCGAACCCCCAGUUAUUUAGGGCUGAUUAUCUAGUUUUAUAGUUCCUUGGGCCUCAGAUUUAUCUUUAUUUUUUGGUUUUGGCCUUAUGACUGCUUUACUGGUCUUUUGUAUACCCCGCAAAGUCAGAAUGCUAGGAAAAGAAACAGAUCUGUCUUUCAGGAACUUUAUCAUUAACUUGGUAGAGUAACCUUAGAAGGGGGAGGAGAAUCCAGUUGUUAGGUAAGUUGGUGUUUGUGUGGGCAUCUGCAGAUUUAAUGCCUAGUCUAUCAUGGAUAAUUGAGAGCAGACUUGGGUAAGAAACUUUCCCUUGAUGACACAAUGCUCUUGCUCUCCCCACAUUAAGUAGAACCUUGGUGGAAAAACUGUCUUAAGUCAGGCCUGAAAGGCCAUUAUUGAUGAAACACAGCCUUGCCAACACAUCCUCUGGAACACAUUCUGUUUGGAUUCUUAUGCCUGUGAAAAGGAAAACUAAAUUAAUAGCAAAGCUCUCAUCUCAAUUAAGAGAAAUGUAUUAAUCUGAAAGUUUCUGACCUCUUUCGGGUUCUCUGCAGAAGUGACUGAGGUAGAUCAGGAAGGGGCUACCUCAGGAGAAUUCCUAGGCCCUGGGAAUUCUUAGAGCUGCACAUGUUUCAUCUUUUCCAUCAGUUGGACCAGGGAAUUACCAGCAUGCUGAUUGGCAUUAGUCAGUCCACAAACAGCUUUUAUUUACUUCCUCUUUUUAAUGGGCCUAGGUUCUCCCCAGUGUCAACUCCUUUCCUUCCGAAGUUGCAUUGCCUCAGGCUUUUUAGGGACCAUUGCCUGUAGAGUAGCUCCUUUAGUCCCUGGGGAAAGCUUGCUUAAUGCUUUUGUUGAAUUAACAAAGGGCCUGAGGCCUUAAGUUUUCUGUUAAGGUCUCUGUCCCAGGCAUGGUGCUCAGUAUCUUGGCCAAAUAAAUUACCUUCCUUGAAUAUCCAGGAAUCUUUUAGACUAAAGCAAUGAGGAGUUACCACCUCACCCUCGAACUCCAGCAUAAUCUAUGCCUUAGUGUUGUUUUUGUUGUCUGCUUUGAUGUAAAAUCAAGAGUAUUUGGAGCAAGAAGCUGCAGUACUCCAAGUACACAAUAGGCCUUUUCUUUAUCAUUCAUACAACAUUUCUGGUUUAGGUAUAUGUAGAUGGACCAUGUUAUUUGUCCAGAAGAAGAGAUUGUAAAGAUAUAAGAAUAAUUUUUUAGUCCUAAAUAUUGUUUUGUUUACUUUCUGUCAAGAUAUUUACCAGUGUCAAAUCCAAACUAUAGUACUGUGUAAUUAUGUAUAAAGUUUUUUUUUUAUUUAUUUGAAAUUAGACUAGAUAUACAUUUUUAAAUUUAACAUCUGGCUGGACAGUGUUCUAUUAACUCAUUGAAUGUGUUUCCUUUGUCUUGUGUUAAUAAAUAUUGAUGCCUGAUUGUGUUUAAUCCUUUGCACAUUGGGAGGGAGGUUAGGGAAUUGAUAGAUUUUAAAUUAACUUCAGGUAAGACCCAGUGGUAGCUGGAGUUAUCUAAGGAAAGUGAACACUAGAGAACCAAAGUCAGUGCUAAAAAAGGAGGCCACAUCAAGGAAGAGUAGAGAAUCAUUUUGAAAACUAAGACUUUUGUCAGGGCUUCUUAAGGUAACAAUUACAGUUUAGUUUUCCUCCUACCCAUGUGGCAUUUGGUAGUUUUUCAACUAUUGAUCAUAAACUUGACAAUAAACUGACAGUAAACUUGAA